CUCAUCACCACUUUUCACUACCCUCAUCUCCAUCCAAUUCACUACUUUCAUCAUGACUGUUAAGGCUGUCUGCGUCUUCCGCGCCAACGACAAGAACGUCACCGGCACCAUCCACUUUACCCAGGAGAACGAGGCUGCUCCUGUUCACGUCCAAGCCGAGUUGGGUGGCCUCCCUCAAGGCAAGCACGGAUUCCACGUCCAUGAAUUCGGUGAUAACACCAAUGGAUGCCUGUCUGCUGGCGCCCACUUCAACCCCCACGGCCAAACUCACGGUGCUCCUGAUGCUGCCGUCCGUCAUGCUGGUGAUCUCGGCAAUGUCACUGCCGAUGCUAAUGGCAAGGCUACUCUUAACAUCACUGACUCCCAGAUCAAGCUCAUUGGGCCUCACAGCAUUAUUGGCCGCACUAUUGUUGUCCACGAGAACGAAGAUGAUCUUGGACUUGGUGGACACGAGCUCUCGGCUACCACUGGCAACGCUGGUGGUCGUCUUGCCUGCGGUGUCAUUGGUAUUACCAAGUAAAUUUCUUAUUCUUCUUGAUCAACAACAACAACG